GAGGGCAGCGGCCGCGGGGCGCCCUGCGCGGGGCCGGGAGCGCGAUGGUCAGCCGCCGAGGCGCGGCAAGAUGCUGGAUGGGCCCCUGCUGGCGCGCUGGCUGGCCGCGGCCUUCGCGCUGACGCUGCUGCUCGCCGCGCUGCGCCCCUCGGCCGCCUACUUCGGGCUGACGGGCAGCGAGCCCCUGACCAUCCUCCCGCUAACCCUGGAGCCAGAGGCCGCCGCCCAGGCACACUACAAGGCCUGCGACCGGCUGAAGCUGGAGCGCAAGCAGAGACGCAUGUGCCGCAGAGACCCAGGCGUGGCCGAGACGCUGGUGGAGGCGGUCAGCAUGAGCGCGCUGGAGUGCCAGUACCAGUUCCGGUUCGAGCGCUGGAACUGCACUUUGGAGGGCCGUUACCGGGCCAGCCUACUCAAGCGAGGCUUCAAGGAGACCGCCUUCCUCUAUGCCAUCUCCUCAGCCGGCCUGACGCACGCGCUGGCCAAGGCGUGCAGCGCGGGCCGCAUGGAGCGCUGCACGUGCGACGAGGCCCCCGACCUGGAGAACCGCGAGGCCUGGCAGUGGGGUGGCUGCGGGGACAACCUCAAGUACAGCAGCAAGUUCGUCAAGGAGUUCCUGGGCCGGCGGUCGAGCAAAGAUCUGCGAGCCCGCGUGGACUUCCACAACAACCUCGUGGGUGUGAAGGUAAUCAAGGCCGGGGUGGAGACCACGUGCAAGUGCCACGGUGUGUCGGGCUCCUGCACGGUGCGGACAUGCUGGCGACAGCUGGCGCCCUUCCAUGAGGUGGGCAAACGCCUGAAACACAAGUACGAGACGGCCCUCAAGGUGGGCAGCACCACCAACGAGGCCACCGGUGAGGCCGGUGCCAUCUCCCCGCCUCGGGGCCGGGCGGCUGGGCCGGGCGGCAGCGACCCACUGCCCCGCACGCCGGAUCUCGUGCACCUGGAUGACUCGCCCAGCUUCUGCCUGGCCAGCCGCUUCUCCCCGGGCACCGCCGGCCGCAGGUGCCACCGGGAGAAGAACUGCGAGAGCAUCUGCUGUGGGCGUGGCCACAACACGCAGAGUCGGGUGGUGACGCGGCCCUGCCAGUGCCAGGUUCGCUGGUGCUGCUACGUGGAGUGCAGGCAGUGCACACAGCGCGAGGAGGUCUACACCUGCAAGGGCUGAGCUGCCCGGCCCCGCCCCCUGCUGCGGGGGCGAGGCGGUGCGUGCAGCGCGGGGGGGUCUACACCUGCCGGGGCUGAGCCCCCGGCCCCGCCCCCUGCUGCGGGGGCGAGGCGGUGCGUGCAGCGCGAGGGGUCCGCCCCCUGCUGCGGGGGCGAGGCGGUGCGCGCCUCGCGAGGGGUCUACACCUGCAGGGGCUGAGGCUCCGGGCUGCGGCCCCCCGCACACUUGGCACGUGGCGGCGGGAGCCCGGAGACUGGCCGGCCUGGCUGUCUCUGCCCCUUCGUCCCCCCUUGCAAAGACCCAGAGGCGGGAGGUGGCCCUGGUCUGGCCCCUGCGUCCCCUCUGCCCGCCCCCACCCCCAUGACCUGAGAGCGUUGUACGAUGCUUUCCAAGCUCUGUCCGUCCCUAAGAGGCCAGUUCCUGCAGAGCAGCGCCCCUCCCUGCUCUGGGCUCCCGCCGAGAAGCAGAAGGUUCACCUUUGUGACCCCACAGGGCCCCUGUGCGGCCGCCUGUGGGCUGUCCUGCUCCAGCACCGGCUUAGAGAGUCAAACCACUAGGAGAGGGACAGCCCGGCCGCCCGGGUGUGCGGGUUACUGCCGUCCCCUCUGACAAGGAGCACUUCUCUCGGGAGUGAUAGCGGUGACUUUUAAGUUAUUUUUAUUUAACUAAUAUAUAAUUAUUAUUUGUCCGUCCCUGCCCUGUCUCGGGCUGUGGCUCCCCUACUCUGGGUGGAGCCCGGUCUGGAAGGCCCCUGUCCUCCCUCCCCUCCACGUCCCCUCCACGUCCCCUCCUAACCUCUGCCUGAUCUGCUUUGUCGUUUGAAACCACUGAAUCAAGAGGGACGUUGCUGUUGUUGUGUCUAAAGUAGAAAGCAGGUUGUGUCUGGCCACUGCCCUCAGGGCUUCUGGAAGCCCGGUCCCUGUAGCCCAGGCCAGGUGCCCCCGGUGAGACUGUCCUGGGAGGCGGGUGGACCGCACUCCAGGCCCGUCUGUGUAGGUUUGGAGACCACGGUCGCCAAGGGUGGCCUGCCCUCCCCCCGGGCGUUGGUAUGGCGGAGGGGCAAGGCCAGCCCCUUGGAGGGGUCCUUUCACAUAGCUUGCUUUGUGUUACUGUGGGAGGAGGCAGAGCUGAGGACGGAGGUGGACGGUGAGAAUCUGGGGCUAGGGUUUGGCAACCGUAGGCUGUUCCCCUUGGCCAUGCUGUUGUCUUUGCAGGGAAAAAAAAACCGGAUGGGCUACACUGACCUGGUUUGGUUUGAGUGUGUGUGUAUGCGUGUGUAUAUGUGCGUGAGCGCACACGUGCAUGUGUGCAGGAAUGCACCUGCGUGUGUGUGUGCAUGCGUGUGAGCACGUGUGCAUGAGUGUGCCUGUGAGUACAUGGGUGCAUGUGCUGUGUGCUGUAUGCACGUGUGUGUUUGUGUGUGCGAACGUGUGCAUGUGUGUGUAUAUGCGUGAGCGCACACGUGCAUGUGUGCAGGAAUGCACCUGCGUGUGUGUACAUGCGUGUGAGCAUGUGUGUGCAUGAGUGUGCCUGUGAGUACAUGGGUGCAUGUGCUGCGUGCUGUAUGCACGUGUGUGAGUGUGUGUGCGCGAACGUGUGCAUGCGUGUGUCUAUAUGCGUGAGCGCACACAUGCAUGUGUGCAGGAAUGCACCUGCGUUUGUGUGCAUGCGUGUGAGCACGUGUGUGCAUGAGUGUGCCUGUGAGUACAUGGGUGCAUGUGCUGCGUGCUGUAUGCACGUGUGUGUGUGUGCGCGAACGUGUGCAUGCGUGCGUAUAUGUGCGUGAGCACACACGUGCAUGUGUGCAGGAAUGCACCUGCGUGUGUGUGCAUGCGUGUGAGCACGUGUGUGCAUGAGUGUGCCUGUGAGUACAUGGGUGCAUGUGCUGCGUGCUGUAUGCACGUGUGUGAGUGUGUUUGUGUGUGCGAACGUGUGCAUGUGUGGCGCAUGCGUGUGUGUGGUGCGCAUGCAUGCCUGUGGGUGAGCAGGUGUCCCCGUGUGUCUGUGGGGUGUGCGCCGAUUCGCGCUGUCCUGGCAUGGCCAGUGGUCAGCUGGGGCAUGGCCUCCACCCAGGGCCCUUCCUCCGCACGAGGCUGUCCUUGCCAUGUUGGUGUGAGCAGCAGCCUUGGCUUCUAGGUCCUCCGGCCCGGGGCCUGUCCGGCUCGGCUGUGGCUGUGCUCUGGUGGGGCACAGGCGCUGGGUGGCAGUGCAGACACGGGAACUACUGAGUGAGGGGGUUCCUUGGGGUCCCGCGGGCUCCAGGAACCCUGGGGACUGUGUUUUUAGAAGAAAACCUAUUUAUGUCGAUGUGGGUCUCUUUGUCCCUCUGUUACAGUGUAAAUAGGACAGUCUACUCUGUGGUUCCAAGAACAUCCCCGAGAAUACUUAGUACUGACAGGGUGGGGGCGGGGCCAGAGCUGCUGGGGAGCUGCCACACCCCAGGACAAGACUGUAGCUCAGUCACUACUGGGUCUGCAAAGGCAGCCCGUCGGAGGAAGGGUCUUGUAAUCAGAUACCACAUUUAGCUCUGUGUCAUAAAUAUAAAGGAAAGUAUUUUCUGAAACAAGGCAGACUGAAAACGUCUGCUGGCUGGCUUGUUUAUAUAUAAGUAUAUAUCAGAAUAUCUUGCUAAGCAAAGAAGCAACUCCUCCUGACAGAGCCUCUCUUCUAGGCUGCUUCUCUUCCGUGCGGGGGAGAGCCUCUAGAAGAAACUGUGUUCUGUGGCAGGGCACAGAGCCCCCGGGGUCAGCCUUUCUGGGAAGGGGAGCCGGCCACAGGGAGGAGCCGCGCUGAGGGCCAGGCAGGUCCCGGCCACCUGCUCCCCACCAGCCACACAGACGUGGACUCCUGGCCUGGUUCGGCCAGGUCCGGGCGGGGCGGGAGGAGAGGGGCAUUCACACACGAGAACUCGUGUCUCUGUGCGGAGUCUCGUGCGAGCCUAUCAAUUUCUCUACCUCAUCUGUAUAGCGAGUAGGUGUGUACUCGAGUGACUUGGAGAAUGUAUUUAUUUAACGGCUUUGUGUAACAGAACAGAAACAAAAUGGACACUAAAUAAAUGUA